GAACGGCUCGGCGGCAGAUGCCUACCGGCUGGUGGAGCUCGAGGUUCCCGCCCCGACCGCCGCAACGGUGGCGAUGGUGCACGAGGCGCCGCACCCGUUCCCCACGGUGGACGUGCCUGACCACGCCCACUACACCAUCGGCUCCGUCAUCCUCGCCAUCGGCAUCACUGGCAUGGUCGGCAACUUCCUGGUGAUUUAUGCCUUUAGCAGGAGCCGUAGCCUGCGCACGCCGGCCAACAUGUUCAUCAUCAACCUGGCCAUCACCGACCUGCUGAUGUGCGUCACCCAGUCGCCCAUCUUCUUCACCACCAGCAUGCACAAGAGGUGGAUCUUCGGAGAGAAAGGUUGCGAGCUCUACGCCUUCUGCGGCGCUCUGUUCGGGAUCUGCUCCAUGAUCACGCUGACCGUCAUCGCCGUCGACCGCUACUUCGUCAUCACGCGACCUCUGACCUCCAUCGGUGUGUUGUCACAGAAACGGGCCCUCCUCAUCCUCAUGGCGGCCUGGGCCUACUCCCUGGGCUGGAGCCUCCCGCCCUUCUUCGGCUGGAGUGCAUACGUACCUGAGGGCCUGCUGACUUCCUGUACGUGGGACUACAUGACCUUCACGCCGUCGGUGCGAGCGUACACCAUGUUGCUCUUCAUCUUCGUCUUCUUCCUGCCGCUCUUCAUCAUCAUCUACUGCUACGUCUUCAUCUUCAGGGCCAUCCGCACCACCAACAAGGCGGUGGGGAAGAUCAAUGGCAGUGCCCUGGGCAGCAGCCGGGACUCGGUGAAGAGUUUCCACCGGCUGCAGAACGAGUGGAAGAUGGCGAAGAUCGCUUUGAUCGUCAUCCUGCUCUACGUCAUCUCCUGGUCGCCGUACUCCACCGUCGCCCUCACCGCCUUCGCUGGGUACGCAGACAUGCUGACACCGUACAUGAACUCUGUUCCCGCCGUCAUCGCCAAGGCCUCGGCGAUACACAACCCCAUCAUCUACGCCAUCACACACCCCAAGUACAGGAUAGCGUUGGCGAAGUACAUCCCGUGCCUCGGCGUGCUGCUGUGCGUUCGUCCUCGUGACCUUCGCUCGGCCAGCAGCAGCUUCGUGUCGACACGGCGCUCCACCGUCACCAGCCAGACCUCCGACAUCAGCGGACAGUUCAGGAGGCCGAGCAACGGGAAGUCCCGCCUCUCCUCCGCCUCCGACAGCGAAUCGGGCUGGACAGACACCGAGGCCGACCUGUCCAGCAUGGGCUCGCGUCCCGCCAGCCGCCAGGUGUCCUGUGACAUCAGCAGGGACACGGCCGAGCUGCCCGACUUCAAACCCUCCUCUUCCUCCAGCUUCAAGUCCAAGAUGAAGAGCCACGACUCGGGCAUCUUCGAGAAGACUUCGUUCGACACAGACAUCUCCAUGGCAGGAGCCAGUGAACGCAGCAGCAUCCCCAACAGCGGUGAUUUUGAUGGCCAUGUGACGAGAGGCACGAUCGGUCGGAUCCCGAGCAUCGUCAUCACCUCGGAGUCCAGUCCCUUCCUCCCCGCCGGCCGAAACGGCUCGCGCUCCGCCCGCCCCCGGCCGGCCAAUGGCAGUGCAGGGGCGGGGCCCGUUUCCAGAGAGACGCAGCCGAGCUCCGCCCUCCCACCCGGCGUGAAUGGCUCACCGGCUGCAGUGAUUUGACGGAAAUGAAUAGUUCAAAAUAAGCUUGCCACGCAAAAACAAAGCCAUCUGAAGAAAUAACAGUAUCUGGUGUUGAGUCUGAGGCGUUUUCACACCUAAACACAUCAGAGGAGGUUGUUUUUUGUUUUUUUUUUUAGCAGGUUUACAAACCAAAACCAUUCAGUCUCAUCUUCACUGUUCACAUCGUCUUUUUCUUCAAAUAAGGAAAAAAAAAAUGUGUCAUGUUAACUUCAUGACACUGGGUUAGAUUCUCCCAACCUGGGACAGAGAAUUUUCGGGCAACAAGAAUAGAUUUGUUGAAGCAAGACAGAAUAAUGGUGCCUACAGACUGUGAGAUUUCAGCAGUUUAAUAAGUUUAUUCCAAGCCACACUGUGCGACAUGGAUUUAAUUAAUUUACAUACAGUUGUACAGUAGACCUACAUCAUGUUUGAUGUAUGUCGACUGUAUGAUUAUCACACGACUGAAUCUUAUUGGCCAAGACGCAAAUCAAUAUACAAGACAACAUCAUCAGCGUAUGUGAUCACUCUGCACUGCUGUAGUGCUAAACAAUGAAGCUCAGCAGGAAUAAAGCUUUUAAGUAGUGAAUAUUAAUAUUAAUGCAUGAAAUCCAAAGAAGAAGAGGUGGAGGAGAAUGUAGACCCGGUCCUUUUCUUCGUUGUUUGAAUCCCAACCAUUUCGCUUUGCUCAUUUUACCUCCAUCAUUGGGUUUCGUUCCAGUGUGGAUCAGGGUUGUCAUUUUAUGCUGCGUUCCUAUUGGUUGGUUAGUAGAUGUAGGUCAUAUCAUUGGUCAGAUUGUGAGAUGAUUCUCCUAAAUUUCUGACCCCAUCAGAACUGCUGUCACAGUCUUGUGACAGCGGCCAUCUUUGAUCCUCUCUCACAGGGCGACAUAGGACAGCCAGGACUAAAGAUAUGUUUUUUCCAAACUGGUCGUCUUUCAUCUGGGACAGCCCAGCAUGUACCCAGCUUUAGACAGAUCAGCCCACUAAAAUCAAGAAAGUAACUCCUGAUUGAAGAAGAUUUUGGAAACAAGUUGACUGGUGUUGGAAACAAAUGGGAUUAUCUCACCUGGCAGAAGAAGUGAACACUGAUGAUAAGACUGAAUGACUUGGUUGAUGUGAAGGUUUCUUGCAGUCUAGGAAAAUCCUCUCUAAACUGUUCUAACACCAAACAGCUGCUCGUGAUGUGCUUUCCAUUCAAGGGUUCAUCUUGUUUGGUAUGUUUUCCUUGCUCUGGGAAAUGUAGGAAAUGAGCAGCAGAAGCAGAUGCGGCAGGUUAAGGGGAACUGAGUUCAUUACAGCAGUAAAUCACAAAAACACCUUAUCACAAAAAACCCCAGGAAUGCACCGAACAUCACAGACUGAUGUGAUAUAAGAUGGGAUAAUAAUUUCUCAGGGUGUUUUUUUUCCUUAAAGUUUUACAACAAAGAAAGCUCCUUUCCUGCUCCAGAUUUAUGGCCAAUCGAGGAAACAAUUGCUCCCAUGUGGCUUUUAUUAAGAAAUUAUGGUUUCCUUGAAACUUUGGCCAAAGGUCCAACCUCUGAUUAAGACCGAUGCAAACAGGUUUUAGGUUUGAAAACGCCUUUCAGACUUGUAUUUUGUUCUCUCACCUCACCUCACGGGCAGGGUUGCUGUCCUGCUUCAUGAUGUAAAAAAAAGAUUUUAAAAUGUUAAUGAGAUGAAAUUAUGUGUUGAUGGAUGGCAUUUUAUGCAGCGCAUCAUGCAAUUUUUUUAUGAGCCUCGUGGUUUCUCCUUCCCUUUGCUGUGUCUGUGUUGUUUUUGCCGUCUGUUGCCUUUUGGUUUGUUUCUCUGUUUCUCCUCAGCAGGAUGUGAUGUGCUAACCAGCUGCAGCUGAAGGGUUUCAUGGCUCAGGAUGAGAAAACCUCACGAGCCUGAGGCCAAAAAAACAAAAACAAAAAACAGCUCAACACACUGGGCGCUUUCAAGGAAAAAAAAAAAAAACAGGUGCUAUAAAACAGGUGUUACUUCA